AUGUCUGUGGAAAAGCGAGAAAUUUCACUAACACAGUUGCAUCGAUGUUGCAUUCUAAAAGAACUAUUAAGCAAUGCCAAUCAUUUAUUAACAAAAGUUCCCAUUGAAUGUGUAAACAUGAAUACAAGCCAAUGGGGAUUUUUCCUAUUCCUGAACGAACCCCAACAGUGUAAAAAUGAUUCGGGAAGUGACUAUGCAUCUGUUUCCUGA